AUAUUGCUACUAGUAGGAGAGUAAUAGGUUGAUUGGAAAACCUUUUGCUAAUAAAUGAAGAAGGUAGAAGAAAGAUGGUGUGGAUUGAAUGUAAAUAUCCUCUCUCUCCAUGUUAGGAAGGCAGUUUCAUAAGAUCAACAGAAUCAGAAGAGAAAGCCUGAUCAAGAUGUUUAAGCCAAAUGGACUUAGUUUACUGUGUCUCCUUAGUCUUCACCAGGUUGCUUACCUUCUUAAAGAUAAGUUGCAAUCAACUGGACCUUUGGACAACAAAGUUCUUUCUGUUGAAGAGGGUAAAAUGGGACCACAGUAUUUAUACAGGUUCACAUUUCAACCUCCUACCUAUAGUCUGAGGCUGACUGGUGAAAUAGAUAACCUCAUAGAGAUCACACCAAAAGAUGGAGUUCUGAUUGUCAAUGAGCCUCUAGACUGGGAAAACAAAUCAACAUAUAGAUUACAGCUGGAAGGUCUAAAUCAAAACGGCAAUAGAGUGCAAGGCCCAUAUUCUAUCAUCAUAAAUGUUAUAGAUAUCAAUGACAACCCACCCCAAUUUAAUAAAUCAAGCUACUCUGGCGAAGUUAGACAACACUCCCUCCCAGGAAAGCCUUUCAUGUAUGUUACUGCUUUUGACCGUGAUGAUCCCAGCUCCUUAAAUUCACAACUCAGCUAUAGUAUCCUUCAUCAGUUUCCCAGCCCUUUUACCACCGAGAUGUUUUUUCAGAUUGACAAUGUUACAGGAGCAAUUUCUACAACUCUUUCUGGAGCAGAAAAUUUAAAUCCAGACAUACAGGACAAGUUUACCCUUGAGGUGGUAGCAAAAGAUAAGGCAGGACAGUCCAAAGAUUCUUUUGCCACUAGCACUGAUGUGAAGAUCACUGUACUGGAAAACCUUUGGAAAUCUCCUCCAGAAGUAAUACUCAUGGAGAACUCUACGAAGCCACACCCCAUGAACAUCACUCAUGUUCAGUGGAAUGAUCCAUCUGCAAAGUAUGAACUUCAACCCAAAGAAAAAUCUUCUAUUAAACUCCCAUUUACAGUUGAUCAGAGUGGGACAGUUUACGUUACUGAACCACUAGACAGAGAAGAGAAAGAUUAUUACUCAUUCUAUAUCCUUGCAAUUGAUGAAGAGGGAGACAAACUGGCCUACCCAGUCACUGUUUCAGUCCACGUUGAAGACAUCAAUGAUAACCCCCCUGUGUGUGACCACGUUAUGACUAAAUUUGAAGUUCAAGAAAAUGAAGUUGCAGGGAAUUUAAUAGGAACUGUCUCUGCCUCAGACAGAGACAAGAAGGGGUCUUUCAAUUCCCGCCUGCGGUUCCGCCUUUUGGAGCAGACCCCCAAAAUCCCACUAGACAAUCUCUUCCGCAUUGAAUCAGGAACUGGGUCGGUCCACUUAUUCAAAAUGGGAUUAAACAGACAAGUGGCCACAAAUUACUUUUUGAAGGUGGAAGUGACAGAUCCAGAUUUCUCAACAGUAUGCGAUGUACAAAUACAUGUCAUUGACAUCAAUGAUAAGAUCCCAAUAUUUGAAAAAUCAGAUUAUGGCACUCUGACUAUUCCAGAAGACUGGGGAAUAGGAACCAUCCUUAAGAAAAUUCAGGCUACAGAUGCUGAUGAACCAUUUACUGGAAGCUCUCAAAUUAUCUACACCAUCACAAAGGGUGACCCAAAUAAUACUUUUAUAAUACUGACGGAUAAAAAAACAAACAUGGGAGUUAUUAAAAUUAAUAAGGCUCUCGAUUUUGAAACGGCAGCCAUGUAUAACCUUACAAUCAAUGCUACUAAUCCUGAACCUCUUGUGGCUGGAGUAAAGUAUAAUUCAAGCUCAUCUACUUUCUUACAAAUCUAUGUUACUAAUGUGGAUGAAGCACCAGUUUUCCGCCAGUCCGUCUACAUAGUUGAGAAAUAUGAAAAUGUGACCGUUGGUACCAAUGUGGCAACUGCAGAAGCUUAUGAUCCGGAAGGAUACACAAUAAGGUACUCGCUGAGGAAAAAUAACAGGAACUGGCUGGAGAUUGAUCCUGUCAGUGGCAGGAUAUAUACAGCUGCCCCACUGGAUCGCGAAAUUCAGCAUACCUAUAUAGUAGAAAUUGUUGCAACUGAGCAAAGCGAAGCAUCUAAAAGCUGUGCUGUACAGCUGAUAUUGCACGUCACAGAUGUCAAUGAUAAUCCUCCAUAUUUAGCAAAGAGUACAGUGUUCUUCUGCCACCCUCUCCAAAAAGGCGAGAGUGCAGAAUUUGAAGUUGAUGAUCCAGACACACACCUUCCAGUAUUCACAUACACCCUCUCUGGAGAGCAUGCGAACAACUGGAUCAUUUCUAAAGCAGAUGGCAAACAUGCUUACAUUUCCCCAACAAACUUGAAUCUUGAAGAAAAAAUCUAUAAUGUAUCACUGAAAAUUAAUGACAAUGGAAGGCCACCAAUGGAAAGAGUUGUCAAUCUGAAAGUGAAUGUGUGCAGGUGUGUCGAUGAAAGGUGUUUUAUAGAAAUUGAAAAUCCAAAUCCAUUUCCAACAGUAGGAGUAGCAGUUGGCAUUCUGGUUGGUGUUCUGCUAGUUAUUGGUGUCAUUUUGGGAAUAGUGUUUUUAAACCUCGAACGUAAAAAGAAGAAAGAACAAAGCGCUGUUGCCAUCAGGCCCUCUGAACUGCGAACCUUGACAUAAAGGGUUAAGUGAAAGUGGACAUUCAGGUUUUCAUGUUUUACGUUGUUGUUUUCUCCCAUCAGUGAAUGUCAGAAGCCUUUGCCACAAAUGAUGCAUUUGCUAUCUUUCUUUCCCCCAGUUUUUAAGCAGAGGAGUAGAACUUCCCAGUCAUAUGGAGGCUGUGGAGUCAAAGUGCACAUCAUGUGAAAUGUAUGCCAGCAUGUAAAGAGCAUGAAACAUCAGUGACAAGCUACUGUGCAGGAUUGGUGGAGGCAACUUCUCCUAGAACUAAUACAUGCUUGGUGGGAAAGGUUUUCAUAGUCCCAAUAGUGUUACCCACCAUGAAUUAAAUAAAGUAAUAGAAAAGCCUGGCAGGUUAAUAUCCUAUGUAGUUUGGUCUUUAGGGAGAAAAACCAAAAUAGAGCAAAAAUGACCAUCAAAUUAUGAGCCUGCAACCCAAUCCUGCUUAGUCUGAUUACCUUUACUCCCUAGUACAGAUGUUUAGAAGUGCAACUAAAGUGACAGCUCUUUGCUUUUUUUUUCUAAGAGGAAGCCUUGUUGAACACAGUGUGGUUUACUUCCAAAUAAAUACAUAUAAAAGUUG